AACACGAUCCGGGCUUACUCGGACGGACCCGGGCGCGGGCGGGGUGGAUUCCCUGGCUGUAUGUUGGCCUAAACUGUACACACGAUCCGGUGGAGAAACAAUGGCUAGGCCAAGGCCGGUUAGCAUUGAUGCCCACGUUCACUUCUGGGACCUUCAAAAGUUCAAGUAUGAGUGGCCAACGGAGGAAGAUGGGCCGCUUUUUGACAAUUUUUAUCCCUGCGGCUACGAGAAGGCUCUGGUAGAGAGUGGCUGCCCUGUCAGAAAUGGCAUCUUUGUACAAGUUGUUAACAACACAGUUGCAGAAACUGAUUGGGCCUUAGACAUGGCUACCCGUCACAAAUGCAUUGUGGGAGUUGUUGGCUGGAUAGACAUGUGCGGGUCAGAUGAUGAGGUUGACCAGGAGUUAGAGAGGCUGUCAAAAAAUCCUCUUUUUCUUGGACUUCGUCACAUCUUGGACUUGGAAGAACCUGGCUGGAUUGAGAAGAAGGAAGUCAAGAGAACUCUGGGAAGACUUGAGAAGCUAAAUCUGACCUAUGACCUACUCCUCAGGCCUCACAGUCUUCACUAUGCUACCGAAAUCGCCCAAGAGUUCCCUGAUCUAAGACUCAUCAUAGAUCACAUAGCCAAGCCGAAGAUCAAAGAAGGAGAGUUUGACAGCUGGGCGAAGGACAUGAGCAGAGCGGCCAGCUGCCCUAAUGUCUACGUCAAAUUGUCUGGGAUUGUGACUGAAGCAGAUCCAACGAGCUGGAAACCGAGUGAUCUUAAGCCUUAUGUUCAGCACUGUGUGAAGUCCUUUGGUGCUCACCGCUGUAUCUUUGGAAGUGACUACCCCGUCUUCAAAGUGGUAGGUGCCACAUACAAGCAGGUUUACAAUGCAUUGAUGGAAUGCUUGCUGGACUGUACCACUGAUGAGGAGAGGGGAGCUAUCUUUGGGGAAAAUGCUGUUCGUUUUUAUCAAGUAAAGGUUCCCCUUCAAGAGUAGAUUUUGAAGGGGAUUCGAGAUGAAACCAGAAAACACUACUGGUAAUUGUUUCACUUUGUGCUUAAAUCUGUGUACAAAUGUAACAAAAAGAAUGUACAAGUAUAUAUUUUUCUAUUUCAUGGUGAGUUUUGUUCAUUUUGGAAGUGGUAAUACGAAAUAUUGUUUUAUUUUCAUCUACCAUCUCAAAUGAUCUCCAUUUGCUGUCAAUGCUCUAAUUAAUGUUUAAAAUACUGUAGAAGCCCUUAUUCAUGAGGAUUUCAUUUUGCAAAAUGUUGAAGUGUCACAAAUUUAACAACACUAUAAAGUUAGCUGGCAAUGCAUCGUGGUAUGAUGGAGAUCAAAAUUAAAAUGGCCAGAUUCUGGACUAGCAAUGCAUGUGCAAACAUGUAUAGUAAGUAGCCUGUGUUAAUUAUUCUGAAAUCAAGAGGUUGCAAAAAUAUGGUGUCCCUAACAUCUGGGAAAAUAUCUCUACACAAAAUACAUUGGCUUAAACAGUACAUGAUGUUAAAUAAUUCCAUAAAGAUGUAAAGAGAUACCGGUUAUGGGUGGUAUUCUCAAAAGCGGAUUAACUUUAGUCCAUGGUUUAAUCCACAGACUAAGUGUGCAAUGCCAA